GACCGGCGGUGUUUUAUUGUGAAAAGCAUACACAACCGGAAGUUGUAUUUCAAUAUCUUGAACUCGACUCUUAGAAACAGCUUGAGCGGUGGUAGUCGAAGGCGAUAUUUUUUUUAUCACCACCACCAGUGUCUGGAAGCAAGCAGGAGAAGAAGACGGUAUGUCGUCGAUUGCUGUCAUCACAUACUUCCCGGUAAAGUCGCCGUGAGGUGUAAAGAAACGUGACAUUGCUCGGACAGCGCUGUUAAACUGCUACAAAAAAAAAACACGGUGGACCUGCCAGUCCCAAAGACCUGCCUGGCUCCAGAUUAAGACAACGCGACCCGGACUGAUACAUCUGAGAUCUGCAACCGAAAGCCGCAACAAACACCAGGAGUCAUCACGUUCUGUUAAGGCUUCAAAUUCCAGUCCAGCAAACAGACAUCAUGUCUUCCAGGGAUCGCCGGUCCGACGUCUACAUCAAGGCAGAACCGAGCAGUCCGGAGGGAGGCGGAGGAGGGCGAACCAGUCCCGGAGGAGCCUCCUCCGAUUCCUCCCAAAGUGGAGGUGGAGAGACCAGGGGAGACUGUGCUAAGCGCUAUUCACCGCCGCUUUACACACCAGCCUUGCGUUGCCACUUCAAAGACGAAAGCGGCGAUGGGGCGGAUGAGGGAUCCACUGGAAACGGAGCUGGUCGUUGCAAGUACGCCCUCAGCACACUACCCAAGAGGCUGUGUUUGGUCUGCGGGGAUGUGGCAUCAGGCUACCACUACGGCGUGGCUUCCUGUGAGGCCUGCAAAGCCUUCUUUAAGAGAACCAUCCAAGGUAUCAUCUUUGGGGGACAAGGAAUAGCUAAACAUGCUACACUACACACCAUAGGAGGAUAUGCUAAACGUAACAUUGAAUACAGCUGUCCAGCAUCAAAUGAGUGUGAGAUCACCAAAAGGCGCAGAAAGGCUUGCCAGGCAUGCCGCUUCACCAAGUGCCUCAAAGUGGGCAUGCUGAAAGAAGGAGUUCGUCUUGAUAGGGUUCGAGGUGGACGACAGAAAUACAAAAGGCGCCCUGAAGUGGAGAAUGCAACUUACCAGAGUGUUCCCCUGCCACUGACUAAGGAGAAUGAAAAGGGUUCGUCCAUCAUCAUUGUGUCUCACCUGUUAGUCGCAGAGCCAGAAAAGUUAUUUGCCAUGCCUGACCCCCUCCAGCCUGACACAGCCCAGCGCACACUUACAACCCUUUGUGACCUUGCUGACCGUGAACUGGUUGUCAUCAUUGGCUGGGCCAAACACAUUCCAGGCUUCCUGUCGCUGUCGCUGGCAGACCAGAUGUCUGUGCUACAGUCGGUUUGGCUGGAGGUGCUGGUGCUGGGUGUGGCGUACCGCUCACUUGGCUGUGAAGAUGAGGUUGUCUUCGCCGAGGAUUUUGUCCUAGAUGAGGAAAUGUCUCGUGUUGCAGGCCUGACGGAGCUAAAUGCAGCAAUUAGUCAACUCGCCCGACGUUUCCGCACCCUUAAUGUGGACCGAGAGGAGUUUGUCAUGCUGAAAGCCAUCGCGCUAACUAACUCAGACUCUGUUUACAUCGAGGAUAUGGAAGCUGUGCAGAAGCUUCGGGACCUCCUCCACCAGACCCUGCUGGAGCUGGAGUGCCAGCGCCGCCCGGACGAUCCCCAGCGAGCGGGACGGCUUCUCCUGACGCUGCCGCUCCUCAGACAGACCGCCGGCCGGGCUCUGACUACAUUCUACAGCAUCAAGACGCGUGGCGGCAUACCCAUGCACAAACUAUUCUUGGAGAUGCUUGAAGCCAUGAUGGACUCUCCCUAGAGGAGAGCACAUCAGGAUGACGCAGAGACUGAGCAGUGUUCUUAUCUAGUCUUUGAGUGGAUGAGUUGUUUGUCACAAAGGAAAUGUGUUAUUCGAGAAUUAUUCAUGAGGAAGGGGUUUUUUCCCCUUACACAAUGAGAGAAAUGGUUUAAAAAGAAAGACUUUGCCAGCUCUAAAGCUGUAGCCGUCGGACUUCAGGCAAGCACCCUCAAGAUCCACAAAAAGUGUGGAAAUAGUAAAAAUUCCAAGUUCUUUGCAGUGGCUUCCAUGGUGUGUUUCAUCACGGCAUCAUUCUGAAAUUGCAUAACCACUGGAGAACACAGAAGUAGCAAGAACUGACUGCAGUCAUGUGGCUUUUGAACUUGGUGACUCAUGAAAGCCAUAACAUCCGGCAAGGACUUGAAGGUCCACUUUAGUACACAGGGUGCAUUCGUCUGCUAUAGCUUAGUGCGCCGUUGUAGGCAGUUUUUUUUUCCGGACUUUCUCGCAAUAUGUUAAAAGCAAUAUAAUGACUUGAUCAUUGUCUGUCACCUUAAGAUGUGGAUAAUACAGUAAGUUACAUCCUA